GAUACUAGUUGAUCAGAAAGUCUGGAAAAUAGAACAUGUCACAUUACAGACUGUGAUGGAAAUAAUUGGAAAAGAUGCACAAUUUGCUCUUAAAAAGAAAUUGAAGAUGAAAGCCUUGAGGGACUUGGACAGCUUUUCUGCUUUGAAUAGCCAGCGCAUGUUUGAAGUCCUGGCUGCUAUGGAUCACCGUUCUGUCGUACUCCUGAAUGAGUGCAGUAAGGUGGUCAUAGAUAAUAUCCACGGGUGUCCUUUUAAAAUAUUGAUCAGCAUCUUGCGGCCUGCAAAGACCUUCAGAUACCGUAAUUCAGAUCUCUUUAAGGAAAUAGCAGAUUAUGUGGCUAACUUUGACAUCUGGAAGUUGAAGAAGUAAGUCCUUUUUCUCCUCAUUUUAUUUGAAAACCUUUGCUUUCGACCUGUUGGUUUGAUGGACUUGUUUAUGAAGAAAAUAGUGGCAGAAUCUGAAUCCCUAAAUGUGAAAAGCAUUGUCUCUAUUCUUCACGUGUAUUCUUCUCUCAAUCAUAUCUACAAAUGCCAGAACAAAGAGUUCCUAGAAGUUAUGGCUAGUGCUCUGACUGGUUGUCUUCACCAUAUCUCUUCUGAAAACCUAUUGAAUGCUGUGUGUUCAUUUUGCAUGAUGAAUUAUUUCCCCCUGGCUGCUGUUAAUCAGCUUCUCCAAAAGGAAGUCAUCCAUGAGCUGCUGACAUCAGGUGACAUAGAGAGGAAUGCUCAUAAACUUCACAUUUUGAAUACUUGUCUGAAACUUGACAAUGCUGCUUAUCACAAGGCCCUGAACAUACCACUGCCACAGCUGUUUCCGUCACCAUCACCAUCAAAUGUGAAGGCUGCAGAAGGGCUUAGUAGCCUUCUGGGAAGUGAAGGAUGCUUCGCAAAAAAUGUGCAGUUGCCACAUAAUUAUUACAUUGACUUUGAAAUCAGGAUGGAUGCUAGUAGGAACCACGUGCUUUCCUUUUCAGAUGUGGAUGUAACUUCUGCUACAAAUAUGCAAAGGGUAGCAGUGCUGUGUGUUCCUAGAUCUGUUUAUUGUUUGGAUUCAGUCCACCCCAGAGGAGUCCUUGCUAUGAAAAUGCGGCAUUUGAAUGUAAUGGGUUUUCAUGUAAUCUUGGUCAACAACUGGGAGAUGGAAAAACUGAGCAUGGAGGAUGCAGUCGCAUUUCUGAAGACUAAAAUCUUUUCAGUUGAAGCCCUUUCUCCUACUGGUGUAAAUUUGCAAAGCACAUGUUAAAAUAAAAAUAAACCUUUUCGUGUUAGGACACAUGGCAUUUGUAAGAAUCGUUUUAAUAUUAAAAGAUAGCAAUUCAGUUGUCAGUGGAAUUAACCUGCCUGCUCACUCUAACAGAAAAUGCUAUUCAGUUCCCUAUUAAAAGUCAUUUGAAGAAUGGAGAAGUGUUGUUAGUGGCAUGGUAGAAUCUGUUGGAAAAAAUUCCAAAAGCACCAUUCUUCCAACUAAAGCUAUUCUGUUUUCUCUUCUGCCCAGAUAUUUGACAAGUGUAGGUUUUACUUUUCUCAUUAGUUUUUGUG